ACCGCGGGGUAAAGUGCGCCUGCGCACUGCGCCUCCUCUCGGUGUUGUUAUGGGUUGCGGUUUUUGCCCGCGGACGGUGCUGCUUCACUGACAGCCCCCCCCUGUCCGCUCUCCCGGUGACCUGACUGAUGGGGGACACCACAGACCCCGUGCAGCAUCACCAUAGGAACCUGCAGGACGCUUUCAGGAUGCUGGACAGUCUGGAGGACGACCGCAGCAGCUGCAGCUCAGAGUCCAGUGAGGGCAGCGCAGCGUCCAGCGCAGAGGACAGCGAGGAUGAGGAGUUUGAGAACGCCUCCUCAAGCACGCUGAUGCUCAUUAGGACCAACGGACAGGUCUACACCUACCCCGACGGCAAGACCGGCAUGGCCACCUGUGAGAUGUGUGGGAUGGUUGGCGUCAGAGAUGCGUUCUACAGUAAAACCAAGCGUUUCUGCAGCGUCUCGUGCUCCAGAAGCUUCUCCUCCAACUCCAAGAAGGCCAGCAUCCUCGCCAGACUGCAGGAGGGGAAGACACCGACCAAAAAGGCCAAAGUUCUGCGGAAGCAGCCUCUGAUGAGCAAAGUCGCCGCCUACGUCCACCAGCAGGGCGGAGUCAGGAGAAGCGCUCCGGCAGAGGCCUUUGACUGGGGCCGUUACCUUGGAGACGGAGACGCAACAGGAGCUCCGGUCAGCUGCUUCAAACAUGUCAUGAUGGGGAAGUGCUGGAGCAACAUCAGCGAAGGAGUCCGAGUUGAAGUCCCGAACACGGACAGCAGCCUCCCAAUGAAAGUCUAUUGGAUCGCUGGCAUCGUCAAACUGGCUGGAUUUAAGGCCCUGCUGCGCUACGAGGGCUUCGACAGUGACUCCACCAGAGACUUCUGGCUGAACCUGUGCGUGCCGGACAUCCACCCAGUGGGCUGGUGUGCUGCUGGGGGGAAACCUCUGGUCCCCCCCCAGACCAUUCUGCACCGCUUCUCCAACUGGAAGAGCUUCCUGAUCAAAAGACUGACGGGGUCCAAAACGCUGCCGCUGGACUUCUCCUCCAAGGUGCAGCGGAGCAUGCGGUACCCCUUCAAGAAGCAGAUGAGGGUGGAGGUGGUGGAUAAGACUCACCUGUGUCGGACCCGGGUGGCCCUGGUGGAGCAGGUGAUCGGGGGCCGUCUGCGGCUGGUGUAUGAGGAGUGCGACGACGGGACGGACGACUUCUGGUGUCACAUGUACAGCCCUCUGAUCCACAGCAUCGGCUGGUCUCGGUCCAUAGGACACCGCUUUAAACGAUCCGAUGUGUCCAAGGUCUGGAACGGCCAGGUGGACGCGCCCGGACAGCUCUUUGUCAAGGUGAAGGAGGUGGACCAGAGCGGCUCCUGGUUCCAGGACGGCAUGAAGCUGGAGGCCAUCGACCCGCUCAACCUGUCCACUAUCUGUGUGGCUACAGUGAGGAAGGUUCUGGCAGAUGGUUACCUAAUGAUCGGCAUCGAUGGCUCGGAGGCGGCAGACGGCUCAGACUGGUUCUGCUAUCACUCCACAUCUCCCUCCAUCUUUCCUGUUGGAUUCUGUGAGAUCAACAACAUCCAACUGACGCCCCCCAGAGGUCACACGGCUCAGCCCUUCAGCUGGUUCCAGUACCUGAAGCAGAGCGGCUCUGCGGCGGCGCCGGUCUCCCUCUUCAGUAAGGACGUCCCGGACCACGGCUUCUGUCCCGGGAUGAAGCUGGAGGCCGUGGACCUCAUGGAGCCGCGGCUCGUCUGCGUCGCCACGGUAACACGCAUCGUCCACCGCCUGCUGCGCAUCCACUUUGACGGCUGGGAGGACGAGUACGACCAGUGGGUGGACUGCGAGUCGCCCGACCUGUACCCCGUGGGCUGGUGUCAGCUGACCGGGUACCAGCUGCAGCCCCCCGCCAUAAACACAGGGGGCAGAGACCUGCAGUCGGCGUCUCGGCAGAGGAAGAAAUCUCAGCAGUACCGAGGGCAGAAGAAGAAGAGGAAGCUGUCCGUCUCCAAGCCGACCCUCGACCUCUCUGGUGCCGUGGUAACCGGACUUCCCAGAACCCACUCAGGAGAUGAAAAUGAAACUCCGCCCAAUUACCCAUCACCCCCUGCUGUGGACCCAAGGCUGCCCCCUGCUGACCCUGACGGAGGAGCAGGUCAGCUUUCUCCUGGUCUGCAGGUGAAGGAGAACAGCGGAGGACUGAGGUUCUGGUCUCACAAGAACCGAGCAGAAACUAACGGCUCCUCAGUGGAUUUCCUCUCUAACGAAGAGCAGUAGGACUUCCUGCAUCCCCUCAUCUUUUCUCGUGAGCGCUGUCUUGUUCACAAGUUUAGCUCCGCCCCUUCUCUCGAUUUUCAUCUGCUGAAAGCACAGAGACCGUGUUUGGUUUUUGGACACCAGCACGUGGAUGUGGACCUCAGUUCUCCUCUGUCUCCUCUUGUGGACAGAUCUGGAUCCCAGAGUAGAGCCUGGAUCCACCAGGAUUGACUGGAUCCACGAGAAGAGUCUGGAUCUCUGAGGAAAGUCUGGAUCUCUGAGGAGAGUCUGGAUCCACCAAGAGAGUCUGGAUCCACCAGGAGAGCCUGGAUCCACCAGGAGAGUCUGGAUCCACCAGGGGAGUCUGGAUCCACAGGAGAGUCUGGAUCCACCAAGAGAGUCUGGAUCCCUGAGGAGAAUCUGGAUCCUGGAGGAGAGUUGGAUCCACGAGAAGAGUCUGGAUCCACCUGGAGAGUCCCGAUCCACAAGAAGAUUCUUGAUCCACCAGGAGAGUCCGGAUCCACAGAAGAGUCUGGAUCCAACAGGAGAGUCUGGAUCCCUGAGGAGAAUCUGGAUCUUAGAGGAGAGUCCGGAUCCACAGGAGAGUCUGGAUUGCUGUGGAGAAAUCUGGAUCCUAGAGGAGAGUCUGGAUCCACGAGAAGAGUCUGGAUCCACCUGGAGAGUCCCGAUCCACAAGAAGAUUCUUGAUCCACCAGGAGAGUCCGGAUCCACAGAAGAGUCCGGAUCCACAGGAGAGUCUGGAUUGCUGUGGAGAAAUCUGGAUCCUAGAGGAGAGUCUGGAUCCACAGGAGAGUCUGGAUCCAGUAUGGGAGUCUGGAUCCCUGAGGUCUGAACAAAUUAAUCUGUUCUUCUGACAGCGUCCCGUUCAAAGAGGAACCUUCUUUCCUGGACAGAUGGAGGUUCCACUGAUGCUGAAGCUGAGCUUCCAUAACAUGUUCUCCAUGUUCUCUUCACUCAUUCUCUUCAUGUACUCCUGUUGUUCUCUUCGUUUUUUCCUUCUGCUGGGGUCAGACCAUCAGCGACGUUCAUGAACCCGUCUCCGUGGUAGUACAGAUGUUCUGUACAUUGUUCUAACAUCUAAAGAGUUUUCCGCAUUAAAAGGUCUGAACUUCUCGUCUUUGGA